UGCUAGAGAGGCUGGCAGACGAUGGAACUGUCAUAACACAAUCGAAAAAAAUACGAGAAACAUAAAUAAACAGUAUUCCAGCUGAUUAUAUUCAUUCAACAAUUCUUUCUGGUCAUUAGUCCUAUUCUGUAAUGGGAGGUUGGGUUCUCGAGGUUAGUAAGAUGGCCAUUUAUAUGGCUUUCCCGGUGGCAAUGUUUCACUGGUUCAAUCAGCCGGAAUACUUCGAGCGCUGGGUUACGGAUACAAAAAGACAAAUUUUUCCUCGCGAGAAGCAAGAGGAUCGAGACGCUAUUGAUGAGGUUAUAAGAAAGCAACGCGAAAAGAAGGACAUGGAACUGCUGAAGGCGCUCGAGGAGAUGGAGAGACGAGAGAAAAUAUAACAAUCUUCAUGAUUCCUUUCCAAUCUGUAUAUAAAUAAAUCUUAAAUUAAAUACCA